ACAGCCAUUUUGUCUCUGGGAGUAAAACACAAUAUCAAAUACACCGGAAUAAAAAAAAAAUUAAAAAGGCGAUUAAAAAGGAGACGAAAUUAAUUGAAGGAACAAAUCUUCAGUAACUCAGUUACCUUUAGCGUAAUACUCGUGCCUAAAAUCGACAUUUUCGCCAGCAAUUCGAAAAAAUUAAAAAUAAUAUUUCUGAUUUUGCUGUCUGUGAGAUUCCGGAACCCGAAACAGUUUUGUAUGUUAAACCAGCUUUAGGUAUUCACCUUGUUUUUUUUUUUGAGACACGCUUUUUUUUUUAAAUUGUGUAUUCCUCCCUUAAGAGUUCUUUUUUUUCUAUUUCGUCUGCGAUUUGUGUUUGUUCGUGUCUUGAAAAGUUUUUGAGACGGGGCGGUUUAAUGACAGUUUUAAGUUUUGUUACAUUUACAUUUUCAUAUCUGUCAAAAAAACCAGUCUGGCUGGUAAUCGGGUCCCAGGCCCGUGCAGUUUGUAAAACCUUUCAGUGCGCUCACCAUACGAAAAUAACAUAUCCGUCAUUGAUAUUAACGUUUAUAUACGUUUCGGUUGAACUCAUUUUCUGAAAACCGGCUUAUUUCAUCUCUGUUUUUUACGGUCUUGUAUUAUAUCUGCGUCUAAACCAUUUUGUGUUACAGCCGUUUACCAUUUAAAAAAAAAAGGAACGUUAAUCUUAAAAUCUGCAUUUAUUCGUCAUUUUUAACGCCUGCCUGUAAAUAUGUCGGGACAGUCGAUAACAGAUCGGAUCGCAGCGGCUCAGCACAGUAUGACUGGAUCUGCAAUUAGCAAAGCCGUGUGUAAGGCCACCACACACGAAGUCAGUGGACCCAAAAAGAAGCAUCUGGAUUAUCUGAUCCACUGUACGAACGAGAUGAAUGUGAGCAUCCCUCAGCUGGCAGACACUCUCUUUGAAAGGUCUGCCAGCAGCAGCUGGGUGGUCGUGUUUAAAGCACUGAUCACAACCCACCACCUCAUGAUGUACGGAAACGAGCGUUUCAUCCAGUACUUGGCUUCCAGAAAUACUCUCUUUAACCUAAAUAACUUCCUAGACAAAGGUGCAUUGCAAGGCUAUGACAUGUCUACCUUUAUCAGGCGCUACAGCCGGUACCUGAACGAAAAGGCCCUCUCCUAUAGGCUCGUCGCUGUGGACUUCACCAAAAUGAAGAGAGGAGUCGAAGGAGUUAUGCGCACCAUGAAUGCAGAGAAGCUGAUAAAGACGCUCCCAAUUAUUCAGAACCAGCUGGACGCACUGUUGGAUUUUGAAGCGAACCCCAAUGAGCUGACCAAUGGGGUGAUCAACACUGCCUUCAUGCUGCUCUUCAAAGACUCCAUCCGUCUCUUUGCAGCAUACAAUGAGGGUGUCAUCAACCUGCUGGAGAAAUACUUUGACAUGAAGAAGAACCAGUGUAAAGAAGCCGUGGAAAUGUAUAAGAAAUUCCUCUACAGGAUGACCAAGCUGUCUGAGUUUCUCAAAGUGGCUGAGCAAGUUGGAAUUGAUCAGGGUGACAUUCCAGAUCUUACACAGGCGCCUAGCAGUCUGCUGGAAGCACUGGAGCAGCACCUGGCUUCUCUGGAGGGCAAGAAAACCAAGGAGUUCUCUGCAGCCAGCAGAGCAAGCACCCUGUCCAGUGCCGUGUCCACUCUGUCCAACACAGGCAUGUCCUUCAGCAGAAUGGACGAGAAGGAGAAGCAGCAGGCUCUGGAGGAGGAACAGGCCAGGCUCCAGUCCCUCAAGGAACAGCGUUUGAAGGAAAUCGGGAUGCAGACUCCAACCGUGUCUCCCAUUUCCCAGUCUGGGGGCAGUGCCAACACCAGCACCGCCACUGGCUUGGACCUCUUCUCAACCCCAGCCACUGCUCCCUCCACCAACAGCAUGCCAAACCUGACCAGUGAUCUGUUCGACCUGCAGCCUGCGUUCGUCCCCACAGUGCAGAGCACUCCAGCCAUCUCAACCUCAAUCAACACUACCUGGGGAGGUUUGGACCCCCGCUCCAUGCCACAGGCCGUUCCAUUGUCCGCAAUGAAUGUAGAUUUCGACGCUGUGUUCGGGACUAAAGUUGCCAAUAAUGAUGUGAAGACCACAAGCGGGUUGGAUCCACUAGGCGAUCUCCUGAAGCCCACAGUGUCGACACAGAGCAGCUCUCCAGCAGCGGGGCGGCAGCAGCAACAGCAGCAGCAGGGAGGCAAGCUGCUCGCCAACGACCUCGACUCCUCCCUCGCAAGCCUCGUGGGCAAUCUUCAUUUUGGUGGUGCACUGGCCAAGCCAGAUAUGCUGUGGACCCAGCCUGGGGAGAAGAAGCUGACAGGCGGUACGCACUGGCAGUCUAAAACCAUGUCCACCACCACCGCGUGGAACGCGACGCCCAUGGCUCCAGCACCCGUGGCAGUACCGCAGAUGCCCGUACCAGGACCCAUGGCAUACCCUAUGGCAACACCUCAAGUGCCUAUGUAUGGAAUGGGAAUGGUUCCCCAGCAGAUAGGAACUGUGCCCAUGAUGGCCCCUCAGCCCAUGAUGUACAACCAGCCGGUCUUGAGACCUACAAACCCCUUUGCACCCGUCCCUGGAGCGCAGAUGCAGUUCAUGUAGAGAAGACAAAGCCAGCUUGUUCAAGGCAAAAGGAACAUCAAAUAGAGCGAGGAGGAAGCUGCACAGAGACUCGCAACUGUUGCUUUCCUACUGCUCCAGUAACUUAUUAACCCGCACCUGCGCAGCACUGGAGCCCCUGUCUAAAACAGCCACCUCGCUCUCUGUGUCUGCCGGGCUCUUUUAUAAUAGAGUCCGCUUUUAAAAUGUUAACCCUGGCAUGUAAAGUCCAACAGUAUUUCUCAGAAAAAGAAACACAGGUCAGAAAAAAAUAGGAAUGUGUUUGGGAGAUUUAUGGGGGGGUGGGGGUGGGGAAUCAUAUAUUCAUGCACUGGAUAUCCUCGUUGGUAGAGUUUGUGUAUUUUUAUCUACCUGUCUUAGCAGGUGUAUCAGGUCACCCCCUUUGAAACUAGACCAACCCCCGGUAGAGAUGCAGGUUUUGGGGUUACUGGGGUGUACGGCAUGACCAAAUGUUUUGUUCCAUGGAUAUUUGGCUACUUGAACGCCUCUCUCUCCCUUGUUUGUUUUCUCUGCUCUUCACCCAGCUCUCUGUUUGGUGCGUGGGUGUUUGAGAGAGUUCUUAACAAGGUACUUGCGUCACUGGUUCCCCUGGUGUUUAGGUAUCUUGAGUAUUUGGAGAGGCGAAGUACCUGUUUGGGUGUUGAGACCUGAUUUUUAUUUAUUUUUUUGCUUUUGUCUGCAGGUGUUGUGAAAUACCAGUGCAUUUUCCCCUGGGCAUGGGAUAGGGUUUGUCCUUUAGGAAUGUAUCUGGUGUUAGAUCUUUUAAGUUGCCAAACAAAUCAAAUCUUUUUUCUCCAAAGUCUACAAGAUCAGGAGCUGCCACUGAGAUUCUCAUAUUAAGGACAUUACAUUGGGGUGGGGGGUGGGGGUGAGCUGACUGUAUAGCAUUCAAGUACAAGCUGCAUUUACUCUGUAGUGUGGCUGUUGCAGACAGGUUAUAGCAGCGUAAGGGUUGGACUGUUUCAUUGUGUGUGUUACGAUGAGCUGUGCCCUGUUUUGAUCACAGCCCUAAAAGGGUAUUUUUCUUCCUUGGUAGUAAUUUGUUGUAAUCCAUGUAUGAGCUACAACUAGGACAGAAAUAAGACUGUCGUUGACAGGCAGUCUGAGCCAGAGUCAGAAUCUAUGGCUGGACACUGUUGAAGACAUGCUGUGAGCAGGGUGGAAGAAUCUCAGUGUUUUUAGUUCCCAUUUUCUCUUGAGACAGGCAUUGUAUCUUACCCUUUAGCCCAGUGUCACGUCAUUUAGGAAGCACUAUAAGAAACGGCAAAGUACUCUACCCUCACUUAAACUUAAUUAAUCAAAAUGAGGUUGCCAAAAACACGUUUUAGGUUGCCAUUACCCCACCCCACCCCCUCCCCCCAUUGUACUUUCUAUGAGAUAUGUUUUGUACCACAGCACACCCUAGUGGGGGAACUGUGGCAUGAGCAGUUUGUCUUCUGAAAUCGCUCUAUACAGUGCUUGGCUUGGAUUAGCAACAACUGGUGACAAAGAGCCUGGGGAUAUAUUAUAUAUACAUAUAUAUUUUUAUUUUAUUUUGUAUUUAUUUUUUUCUGAUGAUAACAGCGUUCAGCACAAGACAUAUAUACAGUAUAUAGGUAAAUACAUAAAAACUGCACAAACAAUGCCAUUCGCUGGAAUGUAAAGAAAACCAAGCCGAAGAGCCGCCUUUUUCUAUACAGGAAGUUUCUAUUCGCAUACACAAGAUAUGUAUAGUCGAUGUACAUGUGUGUUUGUACAGUAUGUGUCUGUGUGAGAGCAUGUGUGUUAUAAAAACCUGCAGUAUCCCCAGUAACCUGUGUUCUGAGGCAUGGCUGAUUCCAGACUGCAGGAGUGGGAGGAGUUCUCUUUCAAUGUACAGUAUGUGUUUAGGGUUAGAGGGCUUACUUCAGCCUGUUUUCUAACCUGUCCGUUCCAGGGCUGCACACUUCUGAUCCCUGUUUGCCAUUCAACCUCAUGAUUUAUUUCCAGUCCUGCAUUUCAUUUGUAUACGUAUAAUAUGUUGUUCGAUUUUUUUUUUUUUUUUUUUUUUUUUUUUUUUUUUUUUUUUUUGCGGUGCCACAGGAAAGCUGUGCAGAUUUGACAAUUUAAAUGUAUUGUGCUGGUUGGAACAAAACCUGGACUGGACUUGCUAUGAGGGAGUGUGGAGGGGGUCACUAUUGGGCAGCCCUGCUGCGGUCUAAUGUUAGUUUAGGACCUACACUCCAGCCCCAUUUUAAAAGGAUUUAUUAAAUAUGGUUAGGUCAUACAACAAUGUUGGAAUAAAGAUCUGGACUGGAAUAACCUCUUAUACCUGGUAAAGCCCCCCCUGCUCUGAGAUCUGUGUUUCGGUCCACAGCACCCCUUGCUGGGAAAGGUGGCGCUGGAGUUUACACUGGUAGCCCCUUUUGAACCCCCUUCCCUUGCACACGGAUAUUUGAAUACAUGCUACUUCUGCAGCGAUAUCCUUGCCUGUCAUGCAUCAGGGAAUAUAUUAAACUGCGCUUCUCUUCAGUGUUGUAAAUAAUUACUUCAGGGUGUCGUCAUCCCGUGUGUGUCCUCAAGCUUCUUAUCAUCUGCAGACGUUUUUAUAGCUUUGAAUCUGAAUCAGUAAAGGUUCAUUAAAAGGGGAUACUGCAGCUUUUUCCUGUUGCAUUGGGUUUUUUAUGCCAAAAGAUUCCUGUGCUUGGAAGAUGCAUUUCCAAGAGUUUUGGACAUAUUUAUUUACAAUAGAGUUGUCAGGUUUUAAUGCCAUGUAGAAAACGUGUUUUUAAAACAUAAUCCAAAUGUU